AGGCAUCCAGCCCCUGGAGCCCUCAGGGCAGAAAGGGGCUGAAGGGACCAUGAGGCAUCAGCUCGGGCCCCAGGGGUACCUGAGGAAGGCACGGAGCAGUCAGGUGCAGUUCGAGAAACCCUACCCGUGGGGCGUGUCCUUGAUUUUCAGAAUGCCAAACUGGGGAGGAGGCAAGAAAUGCGGGGUCUGCCAGAAGACCGUGUACUUCGCCGAGGAGGUUCAGUGUGAAGGCAGCAGCUUCCACAAACCCUGCUUCCUGUGCAUGGUCUGCAAGAAAAACCUGGACAGCACCACGGUGGCCGUGCACGGCGAGGAAAUUUACUGCAGGUCCUGCUAUGGCAAGAAGUAUGGGCCCAAGGGCUACGGCUACGGGCAGGGCGCAGGCACACUCAGCACGGACAAGGGGGAGUCGCUGGGCAUCAGGCACGAGGAGGCCCCUGGCCACAGGCCCACUACCAACCCCAACGCGUCCAAGUUUGCCCAGAAGAUCGGUGGCUCCGAGCGCUGCCCCCGAUGCAGCCAGGCAGUCUAUGCUGCUGAGAAAGUGAUCGGUGCUGGGAAGUCCUGGCAUAAGUCCUGCUUCCGGUGCGCCAAGUGUGGCAAAGGCCUGGAGUCCACCACCCUGGCCGACAAGGACGGCGAGAUUUACUGCAAAGGAUGCUACGCUAAAAACUUUGGGCCCAAGGGCUUUGGCUUCGGGCAAGGAGCAGGGGCCUUGGUCCACUCUGAGUGAGGUCGCCGCCACCAGCCACACCUGCCCACCGCUGUGCCCUCUUCGCCACCCCCUUCCCGGCAGCUUCGGCGACCUCCAGGACUCCUCUCAACCUGCCAUAUGUCACUAGUGACUGGGACUUGGUGUCUGACCCCUUUUGGUUUGGGGGUCUGCCUGAGGCCCCACUCCUCUCAGGGGCUCCCCCUGCCUGGGGCCUGCCGCCGCCACCAGCAGGAGCCUCCGUGGUUUUGGUCUCGAUGGGACGGUCCUCUCCCCACCCCUGCCCCACCGACCGCUGCCCUUAGCCUCCUAGGCUGUGUCCACCGUCACUGGCCAAGACUUUGAGCCCACAUUUCGAGGGAGGUAGGGCCAAGGUGGGCCAGGGAGGCUGUGGUUUACCGGACCCCAAAGACUCCUCUGCGGGAAAGAGGGUGGGCUUCUCGGUGUCCCUCAGGACAGGCCUGGGGAGUCCCAGCUCGGGGGUGGGGGGGGGUGGAGAGGCAUGCAGACAGGGUCGUGGGCUGUAGGAGCCAGCAUCUCGCCUUGGAGGCUGUGGGGAACUGAGAACCCAGGUCUGAGAACCCCAAAGUCAGAAUGUGGUCUGACCUCCCAGCACCGAGUUCCCUGUUUGAUGGGGGGCCCUAGUGAAACACCCCUAACAUAUACCCCCAUUCGUCAGGAGCCCAAAUCGGAGGGUAGGUAGCUCUGCCCCUAGCCCGGGGUCCUGAGGCUGCGCCGACAGCUCCUCCCCUGCCCCCACACAGCCCAGGCCGCUCCCUGCCCCUGCCACGCCUGCUCGCCACCCAGAUGUGGAGGGAGACCCAGCUUCUGUCUGCUCUGGACACCCCUCCCCUCCGCCCACGUGGGGCCUUGGCCUUCCACCCCGCCUUCCCCAGGGACCUUCUCUGGCCACAUCACCCCCAUCCCUUCCAGGUCAGGAGCAAGGGGAGGGGCGGCCUCACCGCCCCCAGUGUCAGGAAGAACACGACGGAGCCAUCGCCUGGAAGGGCUGCAGACACGGGCUGCGUUCAAGCUGAUCCCUCAUCUGGCCAAUAAAGCUGUUAGGACAGA